ACUCUGUGCAGGGUUGUGUGAGCGGAGUGGGCGGGGCUGAACCGCUUCCUGCUGCUGCUCACUCCAGACAGACCCUCCCUGUAACCGGGACAUGGCGGCUACCGGGGUGCUGCCCUUCAUUCGCGGGGUGGACCUGAGCGGCAAUGAUUUUAAGGGUGGAUAUUUUCCUGAACAUGUCAGGUCUAUGUCAAGCCUGCGAUGGCUGAAGCUGAACAGAACCGGACUGUGCUACCUGCCGGAGGAGCUGUCCUCGCUGCACAAACUGGAGCACCUGUCGGUUAGCCACAACAGCCUGACCACGUUACAUGGGGAGCUGUCAUCCCUGCCCUGCCUGCGGGCCAUUGUAGCCCGUGCCAACAGCUUGAAGAAUUCUGGGAUCCCAGAUGACAUCUUCCAGCUGGAUGACCUGUCCGUACUGGACCUGAGUUAUAACCAGCUGACAGAGUGCCCACGAGAGCUGGAGAAUGCAAAGAACAUGCUGGUCCUUAACCUCAGCCAUAACAGCAUUGACAACAUCCCCAAUCAGCUGUUCAUUAAUCUGACGGACCUGCUGUAUCUGGAUCUCAGUGACAACAAGCUGGACAGUUUGCCCCCACAGAUGCGGAGACUGGUGCACCUGCAGACCCUCAUCCUCAAUAAUAACCCCCUGCUGCACGCCCAGCUCAGGCAGCUUCCUGCAAUGGUCGCCCUGCAGACGCUGCACUUAAGGAACACGCAGCGAACACAGAACAAUCUGCCUACAUCCCUGGAAGGCCUUACUAAUCUAGCAGAUGUCGACUUUUCCAUGAAUGACCUGAGUCGGAUCCCCGAGUGCCUGUACACACUUACCAACUUGAAACGCCUGAACCUCAGCAGCAACCAAAUCUCUGAACUCUCCUUGUGCAUCGAUCAGUGGACACAGCUCGAGACCCUCAACCUCUCCCGCAACCAGCUGACCUCCCUUCCAUCUGCCAUCUGCAAGUUAUCCAAGCUGAAGAAACUCUACCUAAACUCCAACAAGCUAGACUUCGAUGGGAUCCCAUCCGGAAUAGGCAAACUCUGUAAUCUGGAGGAAUUUAUGGCUUCUAACAAUAACCUGGAGCUCAUCCCUGAGAGUCUGUGCAGAUCAAACAAAUUGCGGAAGCUGGUCCUGAACAAAAACCGCCUGGUCACCUUGCCAGAGGCCGUUCACUUCUUGCCAGACUUAGAGGUCCUGGAUGUAAGGGAGAACCCCAACCUUGUGAUGCCCCCCAAACCAGCGGACCGCACCUCCGAGUUCUACAACAUUGAUUUCUCCUUGCAGAACCAGUUACGCCUGGCGGGGGCAUCUCCAGCCACCGCUGCUGCUGCUGCCGCCGCUGCAGGUGCCGGAAGUGCGACAAAGGACCCUUCAGCAAGAAAGAUGCGUCUGAGGAGACUCAAGGACUCCUCCAAGGAUGACCAGGCCAAGCAGGUGCUGAAGGGGAUGUCCGAUGUGGCUGAAGAGAAGAACAAGAAGAUACAGGAGAAUGGUGACAUGAAGCACACAGAUCUGAAGACCCGGCGGUGGGAUCAGGGGUUGGAAAAGCCACACUUAGACUAUUCUGAGUUUUUCACUGAAGACGUGGGACAGAUUCCAGGUGUCACCAUCUGGCAGAUUGAAAACUUCAUCCCUAUCCUGUUGGACGAGGCUUUGCAUGGGAAGUUCUAUGAGGCAGACUGCUACAUUGUGCUGAAGACAUUCCUGGAUGAUAACGGCGGCCUACACUGGGAGAUUUACUACUGGAUAGGACAGGAGGCCUCACUCGACAAGAAGGCCUGUUCUGCCAUCCAUGCUGUGAAUCUGAGGAAUUACCUGGGAGCCGAGUGCCGCAGCAUCCGGGAAGAGAUGGGCGACGAGAGCGAAGAGUUUAGUCAGGUGUUUGGCAAUGAGAUAUCUUACAUAGAAGGAGGUUCAGCCAGCGGCUUCUAUACAGUGGAGGAUUCACAGUACAUCACCAGACUGUACAGAAUUUACGGCAAGAAAAAUAUCCGCCUGGAGCCUGUGCCCUUAAAGGGCUCCUCCCUGGAUCCCCGGUAUGUGUUUCUCCUGGACCAUGGUCUGGAAAUUUACAUCUGGAGAGGAUCCAAAGCCACGCUCAGUAACACAACCAAGGCCAGACUGUUUGCUGAGAAGAUCAACAAGAACGAGAGGAAGGGCAAGGCAGAAAUCAUAUCUCUUACCGAUGAGCAGGAGACCCCAGAAUUCUGGGAAGUGCUGGGGGGACAGCCGGAUGAGAUAAAACCGUGGGUGCCCGAGGACUUCCAGCCGCCUCGCCCUAAACUUUAUAAGGUUGGCCUGGGUCUGGGUUAUCUGGAGCUGCCACAGAUAAACUACAAGAUCUGCGUGGAGCAUAAAAAGAGACCAAAAAUCGACAUUGUGCCAGAGAUGAGGCUGCUUCAGAGCCUGCUGGACACCAAGUCCGUGUACAUCCUGGACUGUCACACCGACAUAUUCAUCUGGAUUGGAAGGAAGUCUUCUCGUUUGGUCAGAGCGGCUGCUUUGAAGCUCGGACAGGAGUUAUGUGGAAUGCUCCACCGACCCAAACAUGCCAUGGUGAUCCGGAACCUGGAGGGCACAGAGUUCCAGAUCUUCAAAUCCAAGUUUAGGAACUGGGACGAUGUCCUGAAGGUGGACUACACCAGGAAUGCAGAGAGCGUAGUGCAGGCCGCUGGUCUGCAGGGCAAAGUGAAGAAAGACGCAGAGAAGAAGGACCAGAUGAAAGCCGACCUCACUGCGCUCUUCCUGCCACGUCAGCCCCCAAUGCCCGCUUCAGAGGCUGAGCAGCUCACGGAGGAAUGGAAUGAAGAUCUGGAUGGGAUGGAAGGAUUUGUGCUGGAGGGGAAGAAAUUUGCACGGUUACCUGAGGAAGAGUUUGGCCACUUUCACACGGAGGAUUGCUAUGUGUUCCUGUGCAGGUACUGGGUUCCGGUAGAACACGAUGAAGAGGAAGAACAGCAGAAGAGCAAGAAGAGGAAGAUCAAUAAUGAUGGAGAAGAUGAGGAGGAUGAGGAAGACGAGAAGCAGCCAGAGGAAGACUUCCAGUGUGUGGUCUAUUUCUGGCAGGGCAGAGAGGCCUCCAACAUGGGAUGGCUGACAUUCACAUUCAGUCUGCAGAAGAAGUUUGAGAGUCUGUUCCCGGGGAAGUUGGAGGUUGUCAGGAUGACACAGCAACAAGAAAACGCCAAGUUCCUCUCUCAUUUUAAGAGAAAGUUUAUCAUUCACAAAGGGAAACGGAAGAUGAGAGACGUUGGGCUGCAGCCGAGCCUAUACCACAUGAGGACUAACGGAAGUUCACUGUGCACCAGGGUGAUCCAGAUCAACACCGACUGCAGUCUAUUGAAUUCUGAGUUCUGCUAUCUCCUGAAGGUCCCCUUUGAGAGCACAGAUAACCAGGGCAUUGUGUACACCUGGGUAGGAAGAGCCGCAGACCCUGAUGAGGCGAAGCUUGCAGAGGACAUCAUGAACACCAUGUUUGAUGACACGUAUAGUAAACAGGUUAUAAAUGAAGGCGAGGAACCAGAGAAUUUCUUCUGGGUGGGCAUUGGAGGCCAAAAACCAUAUGAUGAGGAUGCAGAGUAUAUGAAGUUCUCCCGUUUAUUCCGAUGCUCCAAUGAGAAGGGCUAUUUCUCAGUGUCUGAAAAAUGCUCAGACUUCUGUCAGGACGACCUGGCUGACGAUGACAUCAUGCUUCUAGACAAUGGCAAUGAGGUCUACAUGUGGGUCGGGAGUCAGACCAGCCAGGUGGAAAUAAAGCUCAGCUUAAAGGCAUGUCAGGUUUACAUCCAGCACAUGAGAGCCAAGGAUUCUGAUCACCCUCGGAAACUGCGCCUGGUCCGUAAGGGACACGAACCUCACGUCUUCACCCGCUGUUUCCACGCCUGGGGUGCCUUUCGCAAGCCGCCAUCUUAGGCCGGUCCCAAAGCAUCUCGGGCACAGAGGAUGUUAAUAUAUUUAAUCCUUCCUGGCAAACUCUUUACUGUACAGAAACUGGGACAGAACCAAGGCCUUACUGCCUGCACUACUGCUAGCUUAGUCUCUUCAGCGACUCCAUUUCUACAGUGUUAAGGGUUAAUACGGGCAGGAUUGGGGUGGGGGGGUUUUUGCACACUAAGGGGAGCAAUGAAUCUUCCAGAACUGUAACCAAAGCGAUUGCGUCCACCAUACUGUAGAUCACUGCUGAGGCUAUUCUCCCUCCUGCAUUUUUAUUUCUUCACGUAACGUACAGUGCGAUGAACACUCCACGAAGUUUAGGACGAUCUUUUCCAUCACAACCAGUUACGGUAAAAGGGUUUU